AUGGGCGGCCCCUGGAACAGCAGCGACGGCCCUGAGGGCGCGCGGGACUCUCCAGGGCCAGGGAUGCAGCCGUGCGACGAACGCCGCUGCUCCUUCUUUCCCCUGGGGGCGCUGGUGCCGGUGACGGCUGUGUGCCUGGGCCUGUUCGCCGUCGGGGUGAGCGGCAACGUGGUGACGGUGCUGUUGAUCGGCCGCUACCGGGACAUGCGGACCACCACCAACCUGUACCUGGGCAGCAUGGCCGUGUCCGACCUGGUCAUCCUGUUCGGCCUUCCCUUAGACCUGUACCGCCUCUGGCGCUCGCGGCCCUGGGUUUUCGGGCCGCUGCUCUGUCGCCUCUCGCUCUACCUGGGCGAAGGGUGCACCUACGCCACGCUGCUGCACAUGACGGCGCUCAGCGUAGAGCGCUACUUGGCCAUCUGUCGCCCGCUGCGUGCCCGCGUGUUGGUCACUCGGCGCCGCGUCCGCACGCUCAUCGCCGCGCUCUGGGCUGUGGCGCUGCUCUCGGCUGGACCCUUCCUCUUUCUGAUGGGCGUCGAGCAGGACCCCAGCAUCUACCUGGCCCCGACCCUAAAUGGCACCGCGCAGGUCACCCCCUCGACCCCCGCUUAUCCACCAGGGUCCUCAAGGACACCAUCCCUAUCCCCACCGUCGGGGCUCGAAGCCGCAACCGCCGCGGCGCUGUUCAGCCGCGAAUGCCGGCCGAGCCCGGCGAGGCUGGGCGCGCUGCGCGUCAUGCUGUGGGUCACCACUGCCUACUUCUUUCUGCCCUUCCUGUGCCUUAGCAUCCUCUACGGGCUCAUCGGGCGGGAGUUGUGGAGGAACCGGGGUCCGCUGCGAGGACCAGCCGCCUCCGGGCGGGAGAAGGGCCAUCGGCAGACUGUCCGCGUCCUUUUGGUGGUGGUCCUGGCAUUUGUCAUUUGCUGGUUGCCUUUCCACAUUGGCAGAAUCAUUUAUGUAAAUACACAAGACACUCAGACGAUGUACUUCUCUCAAUACUUCAAUAUAGUUGCUUUGCAACUUUUCUAUCUGAGUGCUUCCAUCAACCCAAUCCUCUACAACCUAAUUUCAAAGAAGUAUAGAGCAGCAGCCUAUAAGCUGCUGCUUUCCAGACAGUCCAGACAGAGAGGUUUCUGCAGAAGCAGGGACAGUGGAGAGGAUACUGGGGGGGACACUGUAGGAGAUACACCUGGCUACACGGAGUCCAGUGCUAAUGUAAAGACAACAUCAUAA